GAUACGUAGGACGUUGUGCUCGUGAAUAUUUCCUAGUCGAAGAGUAAGGGUUCUCCUAUCACGUUAUAGUAAUAAGAAAAUGAGGUAGAAUGUUUUUUAAGGACCUGGAGUCCAGCCGGGGUUAAAUUCACGCCGUAGCGAAGGCGGUCGUCUUUUGACUGACAGACCGACCGACCGCCGUGUCAGCAGCUCGCUAGCGUCUGUCCGUCAGUCGCAUCGUAUCACACCGUUCUACUGCCUCACAUACUCCGACCUCAUGAUUGGUUCAUUUUGGAACUUGUGUCGUGCGUGUCCUUCAAUGCCUAUAGACAAGCAGCUCCAUUCGGAGUAUCGGAGCACGUACACAUGGCACGAGUACACCGGACCCCACCAGGAUCAGCACACGGUUGUACGGCGAUCACCGCAGCCGGCUCCAGCGUCAACGAAACAAGCGAACGCGAAACUGCAAUCGGCCAAGUCGACUGAAGACGAUAGCAACGAAGGACCGACUCUGGAGCCAGCCCUACCGCGGCGGAAGAAAUGUCCAGAGCUUGCUUACAAGAGUCACGAGUUUAUGACGGCUGCGGAUGGCAGCGGGAUGGAUUCAAUGGAUUCCAACAUGCUUGCGGAUAAAACUCAGGCAGCUACUGCAGCGCCAGAGCUGCCAACUAGCCAGCUGAGUAAGGCGAUCUCACGAAUCAGCACUGAGUAUCGUUUACAGUUUGCCUGGCCCAGGCGAUCUCAGUUGACCAAUGGCGAUGUCUGUUCAUCCGGCGGACAGGCUGCAGCCGGUGGCGGCGGUGGCAGCGGUAUUGGUACAUCUGUCGGGACAGCAGCGCCUCCGCGGAAGUCUUUGAGCAUGGGAGCUCUGAAACAGGGAAUCGUUCCGUCUGCGCCAGCCCCCGUACAUAAAAAGAGGACCAACGACGUUGACCGCAAGCGGGAUGGUGUACAGCCAUCAGAGCUUGAACCCUUGGUGGGGAGCAAUGGAAUUGAUGUUACGGAUGGGGUCGUUCUUGAGGGAGAGGAACAAGAUGAAGAAUUGGUACAGCCGAAAGUAACGUUCAGGGGCAAAAAAUCAGGUGGUAAAUCCGUAAGGAUAGCGGAAAGAAUUGAAGUUAAAUCAACCAAUCCAGAAGUACCAAAUCCGACCACCAAUAUCGCAGAACUUAGGCGUCUCGCGGACGAGUAUAAGCUUCGGGACUGGGGCCGCGGCUUGGCGGCCGAGGAGGAUUUAUCGUUGGGGAAGCGUGUUACCAGUAAUCACGCGCUCGACGCACUUACGCUUGCCAGAUCAGUUACGAAAGAGGAGAAGGAGCAGGAAAACACAAGAAAGAUCGGGCCUACUCAGACAACCACGAUGCCACCUGCGGGCAGAGCUUCAGCGGUACAAGUCAGACCUUCCUCCGUUCAAACUCGUCCAGUUUAUUCUUUUCUGCAGGAUGACACAAAGAUGGAUAAUGAAAGAGCGAUUGCUCGCGCAAGAAAAGACUUCUUGAUCCGUCAUCAUCUGGACCGCACAACUGGUGUGGGAGAUGGCGCACUACUCCCUUCUCCGACGCGGGAAAAGCUGGAGCCAGUGAUGCCACGACGCCGUGAUGAAUCGAAGGAUGCACGAGAGGAGAUUCAACCGAGGGUCAAAUUCAGUCCGAAGAACAGCCCCAGGGCUGGCCGUUCUCAGAGCCUCGGUCCGACCGCAACCGAACGACGGUCACCAAAGCGGCAGCCCGUACGGGCUCCGUCGCUUACCAAGGAUUCAAAGGAAAAGUCCAAGGAGGUGAAGGACAAGGAAAAGGAAACGAGCGACCGAGCAGUUGAGCCAGCGAGGCAUCCACGACCGACCUCCCUUGCAACCAAUGCUCCCGCCCACCGCCCCUUUCAUCACGCCAAACCUGCAACCGCCAUAAAACCUCCAGUAAAACAUUCAGUUCAUUCAUCCGUCACGCAUCCAUCCGCCUCAGCUACCGCAGCUACUGUCGCUGCCGCGGCGAAACUGCAGGAACGUGCAAAGCAUUCUCUGAAUCAAGCUCAGGUCAAACUAGCUGGUGCAUCAGCUCUCCAGGCUACUGCCGCCCAACCUAAAUCAUCCUCUGAUUCGUUACGAAACGCGUCUCGAGCCGCUAUCAUCCGAGCUACGUCAGCUGAGCCUGAGGUAAACGGGGAUGCAUACAACGGGGAAUCGAACGUCGGCUUGAACGCCACCUCCGUCGCAGCUCCACCUAGUGCAGAAACAAGUCCGUGGCUCAACGACGAGCCUAUUGUAAAAAGCCCACCAGAACCGACGAGGGUCAAGUCUCCGGAGCAGAUGAUAAUGCGAUCACCAGAGCCAGUCAAUUGGACAGUCCCGCUGGAUACUGGCAAGACGUUUACCGUUACGCAAAAUGUACGCGAGGGGGAACCACUGACACGACCUCACAGCGAAGCAAAGACAUGGGGAGCAUCGUCAAUGCCACCAAUGCCGCAGUCUGCAUCUCCCGACUUGGUUGGUCAGCACAAGUCUCAGCAUUCGGGGUACAAAUCACCGGAAAGUGAAAGCGUCUCCCUUGGUAGCUUCAGCGGUCUCAACGGGCAUAAGGAACAAGAUUCUGGCAGGGAGAGCCCCCUACGUGCGCUCGGCACUGACACGACAACUACUCCUACGCCGAUGCCGCAGAACUUCAAGUGUCCUGUCGGCGAGGAAAAUGAGGCACCGAGUGUUGUCACUGACGAAAGAUUGGACGCCGCGGCAGCAGUCAAGCCGGUCGUAGGAACAAAUUUGAGGUGUCUCGAAGAUCCGGUCUUCGAAUUUGAAAGGAAGAAAGAGGCUGCGGUGCCACCGUCCGGCUACCGAGUUUUGGAGGCUGAAGCACCCCACGGAGCCCAAUCAGUGCCACAGGCCAACACCGGGGUAAGCAGUGGUUAUCACGUGCUAGAAGCGCCUGCUGUUUUGGGUCAGAGUACUGGGCAGCAUUCCAUGACCAACGACGUCUUAGAGAAAGCACGAAAUCGUUUCGACAAGUUUUGGGGAAAAGGAGGCGAGAAUUAGACGCGACCUUAGCUCCGUCGAACUGGGCAUGAAUCGAUCCCGGUAGGUAUACACAUGUAGGUUUUCCCCUGAAUUCGAGAUACAUAACGAUACGCUGCGCUAUGAUCCAAACAAAUUUUUCAAUUUAUUAUUAAUCCAUACCGAUCGGUAGACAUCGCAUCCAACAACCGAUUGAGUAAUUUUUACAAGUUGUAUAAAAAAUUCACAUACGUCGUUUGUUGAAGUUUUUCCUAUGUUAUUCUCUUUCAAUUUCUUUCUCUUCCAUUGAUUAAAUUAAAAGGUAGAAGAGUUGACGGUGCGAUGCAAAGGUGCGAUCAAAAUAAACUACAAAAAUAUACAAAGUUUUAUAGGGUAAUAAAAUAAAAAGUAAAAAUUAUCUUGCCGUUAGCGCGAGAAAAUCGAGAAGGGCUUAUUCUAUACCUAUUUAAUUAUAAAUAUACACAGGCUGUAGUAAGCAGUUGUUGCUUGAAACCAAAAAUAAUUAAUGAAUUUAAAAAAAGUUUUAUAAUGUAUAAAUAGAUUGUCAAACUAUUUUUGUUUAAAUAUUUAAUAGUCAAUGUUUUUGGACAAUUUACGUUUUGCAAAUUAUUGUAUACAUACGUUUACACAGUUGUAUUACAUGGUAUUAAAAUGUUCCGUACGAAAAUAUAGUAGCUACUGCUGCUGUUACUGCUGAUGCUACUGCAAAAACCAAACGAAAUGAUCAGUCGUAGCCCAAAUUUCAUAGUCGUUGGAAUCUCAAAUGCUAUAUUAAAUAUGAUAACGUGUAAGGGGAUUUGUGGAAUAUUACGAUUCCAAGUUGGAUUUUCUCAAUUUCCCAACAAACAAAGAAAGGACAGCCAACAAACCAAAAACAAAAAAUUUAAAUAAUAAUACUAUAAAACGAUGGAAACAAGUUAAUAUACAAACUAUACACAAACGUCAUAACAUCGUUAUAUGGUCGAACGAUCUGAAGUUGAUACGGAUAUAGUUGUGAUAAUUCUCUUAUAAGCAUUAUACAACAAGAAGUAUCACUCGCACGGCUCGCUCGAAUGAGGUAUAGUAAUAAAUAUACGCGCGAGCAAGGCGUGUAUACUACCAACACUACAAUAACAUUAAUUCUGCAUACUGUAAUAACUGUUUAAUAAGUUUUGCGUUUGUUGUUUGUUCGAUUUUAAUCAAAUGUAAAGAAGAAUAUGCAUAGUCUCUGAUUCGGUAAGCGCCGAUAAAUUUUCAACGUACAUCGAAAACCAUGGAUUGUUUAUAACCUGUGUUGAAUAUAACGCACUUCUAAGCAUAUGAAAGGUAAGAGUUAUAUACAACAUAUUAACGAAGUAUAGUGAAUAGAAUGCCAGUUUAAGCAUACAUAUAAUUCAGGUCCGUUGAAAAAUUCUCUUUCGUAUCAGGAAUGACUUGCUAUGAUUAUAAUCGAUUGCAAUGAGAAUAUUUCUCAAUCGCAAAUACAACAAACCAGAACCACCACACUCCAUCCAGGUCCACGUCCAAAAACCAUGAAAACCAAUCGUAGAUGAAGAAAUAACUGACUGAUCACUAUUAUGAGUUACUUCGAUAUUCAUUUACACAUUGUAUAAGGAUACAUACAAACAUUAUACAUACACCUAUGAACUGUUAUAGGUUAGCUGGUGAAAUACGUGUCCAUAUUGUAUAGUAAAAAAACAAGAUGAUAUGCAUACAUCUCCGUGUCUUCUUGUACCAACCAGAUAUUCAUCUUUACAUACUUAUCGUAUGAUAGUGCGACGAGAAUAUUGCAUGAAUUAUUAUACGAGCUAGCAACUCCGAUCAAAGCCACAACGCUUGGUCUUUGACUUAAUCUGUUUUAUUAUAUAUCAUAAUUUUCCCUCCAAGAACUAAAAUUCAUGUAAUGAAUCUUAAAAUUCUACCUCUUUACGGAACUCAAUAAUAAUAAUUCUUCCAACGAAAGUGCUAUAAAAUUACACUGUUAUGGUAUAAAACGACACGGAGUGGAACCGCUUAUAUAUUGUAUGUGUAAUUACCAAACAGCGCUUUUUUAAAAUUAUUUAUUCGCCUCUUCCAUUAAUCCGUUUCUUAAUUCUCUUUAAUUGUAAGUGUAGACGAACAUAUUAAUUACAUCGUGAACCCAUCUCAUAUUUACCAAGAGUCAUUUGAAAUAUAACAAUAAAUAACGAAAUGAUGAUGAUGAUAA